AUGGCAUCCGAAAUCUCGGAGAAGCAAGACCGCUCGGAACGAACGUCCAGAGACGCGCGGCCUGACCAGCACGGCGCAGUCCGGAAGGAUGUUCUCGAUCUUGAUGUCAACGACAGGAGCAAGCUCAACGCCGUCUUCGAGAAUCCGCUAGCGGAUGUCCAGAAAGAAACCUUGUUGCAGAAUGUCGAAGACUUCUGCCGAGAGCACGAUCUUAUGGAACAAUGCGAUGUCAUGAAAAGGGGCGCACUGGCAGCCCAGAGCCCCUGGAACAUCGACGAGAUACCUGAGCUUACUCAGGAAGACAGAGAGAUCCUCGAGCACGAGAAAACACACAAGUGGGAUCAGCCAUGGAUGCUGUACUGGCUCGUCUCAAUGGCUUCUCUUGCCGCCGCUGUCCAAGGCAUGGAUGAGACCGUCAACAAUGGCGCGCAAGCCUUCUAUCUCGAGGAACUUGGUGUCACGUCCGAUCGCUUCUCGCCCGACAUGCAAGACAACCUUACAGGCCUAAUUGUCGGCGCUCCUUAUCUCGCCUGUGCAAUACUAGGCUGUUGGCUCACCGAGCCUUUGAACAGGGUGUUUGCCCGACGAGGAACUAUUUUCCUCUCAUGUUUCAUCGCUGCGGUAGCCAGUAUCUGGGAAGGAGUCGCCAACUCCUGGGUGAAUCUAUUCCUUGCGCGCUUCGUCCUUGGCCUAGGAAUUGGUUCCAAGUCGAGUACUGUUCCUAUCUAUACUGCUGAAUGUGCGCCUGCUCCGAUCCGAGGCGCCCUGGUGAUGCAAUGGCAGGUUUGGACUGCUUUUGGCAUCAUGAUGGGAAACAUCAUGGGUGUCGCGUUCGGUGGGCUGCGACCGGACCUCGCAUGGCGCCUUAUCCUCGGUUCAACUGUUGUUCUCCCAAUCAUCGUCUGCGCUCAGGUCUAUUUCUGUCCUGAGUCCCCCAGAUGGCUUAUCCAGCACGGGAAGAUCAAAAAGGCCUACCAAUCAUUUCGAUUAAUCCGCAAGACGGAGCUUCAGGCAUCGCGAGACUUGUACUACACGUUCAUCGGAGUGGAAAUCGAAAAGAGGAUUAACGUUGGAAAGAACCUCUUCACCCAGUUCGCCGAGCUUUUCACCAUCCCUCGCAACAGACGUGCGACAUUUGCCACUUGGAUUGUCAUGUUCGGUCAACAGUUCUGCGGUGUCAACGUUAUUGCGUAUUACUCCACGACGAUCUUUCAGCAAAGUGGCUAUGGCAGAAAUCCAGCUCUGCUCGCCUCCAUGGGCACCGGUAUUUUGAACUGGGUUUUUGCGCUACCAGCCUUCUUCACAAUUGAUACUUUCGGACGACGCAAGCUCUUAUUAGUCACUUUCCCAUUCCUGGCAAUCACACUCCUGUGGACCGGCAUGAGCUUCUUCAUCGAUCCUCCGCCUGCAGGAUCCAACGUUUCUAAGAGUAAAGCGCGGCUUGGUAUGGUUACCACUGGCAUGUACCUCUUCGAGUGCUUUUACUCUCCUGGUAUGGGCCCAGUACCCUUCUCAUACUCUGCCGAGGCAUUCCCAAUGCAGGUCCGAGAUGUCGGCAUGUCCUGGGCUACCGCCACGACCUGGUGCUUCAAUUUCAUCCUGUCCUUUACGUGGCCGCGACUCGUACGAGCUUUCAAGGCCGAGGGCGCGUUCGGUUGGUAUGCAGCAUGGUGUGUGAUCCUCUGGUUCCUGGUUCUACUUUUCCUGCCAGAAACGAAGGCUCUCACUCUUGAGGAAUUGGACCAAGUGUUCUCCGUGCCGACAUGGAAGCAUGCUAGCUAUCAAAUCAAGACCUCUGUAUGGCACAUCAAAAAGUGGGUCUUCUUCAAGAGAAAUCAGGAACCACUGCCGCCAUUUUAUGUUGGUGCAGAGAAGCUCUCAACAGAUUAG